AUGAAGUGGCUCUUGGCCCUUCCGCUGGCUGCGACCACAGAGACCGCCCCGCGAUGUGAUUUCGAAGUCGUUCAUGCGGACUUGCUGAAGGAAGGCUUCGAAAGCGAAUACUUUCAUCCUAUCCUCAUCCAGGGGACGCCGUGGGAGAGAGAGCGGGCGUCGCUGGCCUCUUUCCGACGUGUCUUUGGCAACUACACUGUACGACUAACCCACAACUUGGAAUUCCAGUCAAGAGCCGGCUCCAAGCCCGAAGCGAACACCAGCACGUUCAGUGAAUGGGCAGACACACUGUUCCAACAACAGAGUGUCCCAUAUGUCUUCGAAUUCUGCGCCAAAGAUCUCUGCGAGCAGAUCGAAUCUACGUAUGGUAUCCCGCCAUACCUGAAGAAUUCUUGCCUGAGUUUGUACAUGAACACAGGCACCAUCGCCAAGGGAGUUGCCUUCCACCAGCACAGGCAAACCUGGGGGUGGCUGCUAGCAGGACGCAAAGUCUGGUACGUCGCCCCGCCGGGGACGCUGAAGUUUCAGCCCCACAAGCACGUCGAAGAGGAGAAGCUGCAGAGCGCCGGCGCUGGCGUGCAGCGCUGUCUUCAAGAAGAGGGCGAGAUCGUCUUCCUCCCUCGCGAUUGGUGGCACGCGACUUUCAACAAAGCCGAGUGGAACCUGGCAAUAGGUGGCCAAGGUGAAAUCAGCAGCAGUGCGUUUGACGCAGUGCGAGGGGCAGAUGCAGCAAAGAUCCGCAAGCUGCCCAAGGAGGAGGUGAAAGGGGUGCUGCAGUCGGCAGUGGAGAACGGCCAUCGAGAGGUGCUGGAGCUUCUGAUCUCGGCGAAGGCCCGAGUCUUCCCGCAGGGCCGCGAAGGCUGGACGGCAGUGCACGAGGCCGCCAGCAACGUCGGCGACCGGAAGCUUUUGGAGAUGCUGGUGAAGCACAAGCUUGACUUAGCAGCCACAGAUGGAGCAGGCAAGGUGGUUGCGCACCACCAUCCCUCGGAGCCGGUCCUGGGCUUUCUGCUUGAGCAGCGGGCUGAUCUCGCUGCUGCGGACGCGGGUGGCGUGACCGUUGCCCACGAAGCCGCGAUGCGCGGCCACGUCGCUGCCCUUCGGCUCUUGGCUCAGGCUGGGAUCUCGCUGACGGAUCAGUGCAGCAACGGUGCCACCCCUGCGCACUUUGCAGCAUUCGACGGUCACACAGGAGUCCUGCGGGAACUUUUGGCCAGCCGCGCAGAUCUCCAUGCCCUGGACCAUGCCGGUGGGUCGCUGCUGCACCAUGCUGCAUCGCAGGGCCAGACAUCUGCGCUCGCUUUGCUGCUGGGCGAGGGUGUCCGUGCAGGACCGGACGCUUUCGGACGCACUCUGAUGCACGAGGCGGCGGCCACAGGCUUCCCGGAGGCAAUGCAGCUCCUCCGGCAACGCGGAGAGGAUCCGCUUGCCCAGGAUGGUGACGGCCGCUCUGUGGCGCAGUAUGCCGCUGAGGGCGGACACGCAGAAGUGCUGAAGCAGCUCGUCUCCUGGGGCGUGGACCUCCGGAACCUGGACCGUGAGGCCGUGGAGGAUCCCGCGGUGCUGGAGCUCCUGAACGCCAGCGCAUUCCGUCUAUCGUUUCGACGAGGCUUCUCAGCCAAAACAUUCGAGGCAUACAAGUGGGUGGGGGCGGAGGUGUCGUCCGAGGGUGCAGCCAUGGGCAAAUUCCGGCUGAUAGAGCUGGUACGACCAUGCAUGUGUGUCCUGCCGGAAGUCGCCACCCCGGACCGCAGGAUCCCCUUCCGUGAGAAGAUCUUGUGGACGGGCAUCUCGUUGUUCGUCUUCUUGGUGUGCUGUCAAAUUCCGCUGUACGGCAUCUCGGCCAACAAAUCCACCGACCCUUUCUACUGGAUGCGUGUGAUCCUUGCAUCGAACCGCGGCACUCUGAUGGAGCUGGGCAUCUCUCCGAUUGUAACCUCAGGCAUGGUGAUGCAGUUGCUGGCCGGGUCCAAGCUUCUCGAGGUGGACCAAUCCCAGAAGGAGGAUAGAAUGCUCUUUCAAGCGGCACAGAAGCUCUUCGGCAUGGUCAUCACGCUGGGACAGGCCAUGGCAUAUGUCCUGAGUGGCAUGUAUGGCCCCGUGAAGGACCUGGGCGCCGGCAACGCGAUCCUGAUCAUCCUGCAGCUCUUCUGUGCCGGGGUCAUCGUGCUGAUUUUGGAUGAACUGCUUCAGAAAGGCUAUGGCUUGGGCUCAGGCAUCUCCCUCUUCAUUGCGACCAACAUCUGUGAGACGAUUUGCUGGAAAGCCUUCAGUCCAACCACCAUGAACACAGGCAAAGGACCUGAGUUUGAGGGUGCAGUGAUUGCACUCUUCCAUCUGCUGAUCUCGAGGAGCGACAAAAUCACGGCGUUGAAAGAAGCUUUCUACCGGCAGACCGCUCCAAACAUUACCUCACUCUUCGCAACAAUUCUGGUCUUCUUCUUCGUGAUCUACUUUCAAGGCUUUCGCGUGGACCUCGCCGUCAAGAACCAAAGGGUCCGAGGCCAGAUGGGCUCGUAUCCGAUCAAGCUUUUCUACACAUCCAACAUCCCGAUUAUUCUGCAGACGGCGCUGGUCUCCAACCUGUAUUUCUUCUCUCAGCUGCUUUACAAGCGCUUCAAGGCGAACAUGUUCGUGAACAUGAUCGGCCAGUGGCAGGAGACGGAGAUCACCGGCCAGUCGAUUCCUGUCGGUGGCCUCGUGUAUUACAUCUCGCCGCCGCACUCCUUCGGGGAGGUUUGGGAAGACCCCAUCCACGCGCUCUUCUACGUCGUCUUCAUCCUGGUCUCCUGCGCGCUCUUCUCCAAAGCAUGGAUCGACGUCUCGGGCUCCUCCGCGCGCGACGUGGCGAGGCAGCUGCGAGAGCAGCAGCUCAUGAUGCCAGGCUACCGAGACUCCGAUCUGCCCAAGGUCCUCAACCGCUACAUCCCAACCGCUGCUGCCUUCGGCGGUGCCUGCAUUGGAGCGCUGACGAUUGUCGCCGACUUUCUGGGCGCGAUCGGUAGCGGAACAGGGAUCCUGUUGGCGGUGACCAUCAUCUAUGAGUACUUCGAGAAGAUCUGCAAGGAGGAGGGAGCUGGGGCGUCAUUUUUCUUCUAG